AUGCCUGCCCCAACCUACAGGCACAGCAAAAAUGAACUUUUCAACUCGACCGGUUUUGCAGGCGCGGCAGCGCGCUUCUGGAAGCGCUCUUAUGCCUCGGAUUAUGUGGGACUGGCGGUCUGGAUUACGGGAUACAUAUUGAUUCAAUUCCUCGCCGAACCGUUUCACCGCAUGUUCUUCCUCGACAAUCUUGCAAUUGGAUAUCCGCAUGCUGAGAUUGAACGUGUUCCAGUCUCAUGGCUGUUCAUCUACGCUGGCGCAGUCCCCCUGGGCAUCCUGGUAGCAUGGUCGCUCAUUGUCCGUCCCGGAGCGCACAAGGCGCACGUUACGAUUCUCGGCUGGUUCAUCAGCAUGCUACUCACGCUCUUCAUCACGGACGUCAUCAAGAAUGCAGUGGGGAGACCACGACCAGAUCUCAUCGCACGAUGCAAGCCAGCACCCGGAACGCCAGCACACGUCCUGGUCACAUAUGAAGUUUGCACAGAGACGGACGACCAUGUACUACACGACGGAUGGCGCAGCUUUCCUAGCGGACACAGUAGCUUCUCUUUUAGUGGACUUGGAUACCUGGCCUUGUUCAUUGCAGGACAAUGUCACGUCUACCGUCCCCGAGCCGAUCUUGGGCGGGUGCUGGUGGCGUUAGCCCCAUUGCUUGGGGCUGCGCUGAUUGCCAUCUCGCGCUGUGAGGACUACCGACACGACGUGUAUGAUGUAUCGGUGGGAUCGAUUCUGGGCAUGGCGGUUGCGCAUUACACGUAUCGGCGAUAUUAUCCCGCACUUCGCAGCAAGGCAUGUGCGACGCCGUAUCCGAAUCCUGCAGACGAUGUCUAUGGGAAGGUCAAGGACGACGAGGAGAGGUUGCGAGGGGUGCAGGAAUUUGAACUGGAAGAUAUUGAGGAAGAGGAGGACGGGGGGCGGGAGAGUAGGCCGCUGAAUGGGAGAAGAUGA